UGCGAGCGGAGCUCUUUCCCCAAAGCGUCACCAAGCAGCUGUUUCGCGGAGCGCAGCCCGGGCUGUUUGUUUCCCAGGGAAGACCGCUAGGAAAGGCAAAGGCUGAGCCUCGCUGCGGCCGCUUCUCCGGCUCUUUCCCCCGGUCACUUCUCUCCCUCUCUCUCUCCCAAGCCGAGCAAACGCCGGAGCCGAGCCAUGGGGGCUCUUGCGGGCGCAGCUUGGUGAAAUCCGCGCCCGCAGCCAACGCGGGGAUCGGUCCAUCCCUCCAGGCGGAGGAGGAAAAGAGCCAAGAUGGGAUGUUGCACCGGGCGAUGUACUUUGAUCUUCCUCUGCACUUUACAGCUGCUUGUGGCUUUGGAGAGACAAGUGUUUGAUUUCCUGGGCUACCAAUGGGCUCCGAUUCUGGCCAAUUUCCUCCACAUCAUCAUGGUGAUCCUUGGCCUUUUUGGGACAAUCCAGUAUAGACCACGCUACAUUGUGGUGUACGCCAUCUGGACGGCCAUUUGGGUCACCUGGAAUAUUUUCAUCAUCUGCUUUUAUUUGGAAGUUGGCGGCCUUUCAAAGGACAGUGAACUUUUGACAUUUAACAUCUCCCAACACCAAUCGUGGUGGAGUGAGAACGGUCCUGGAUGCGUAAGGAAGGAGACGCCCAUGAUCGGCAUCAAAGGUCUGGACAGCCAUUCGUACGUCUCGGUGAUCGGUUGUGCGUUGGAGUACCGUUACAUCGAGGUCAUGCACAGCGCCCUGCAGAUUCUGGUGGCGCUGGUGGGAUUUGUGUACGCCUGUUACGUUGUCAGUGUCUUUACAGAAGAAGAAGACAGUUUUGAUUUCAUUGGUGGAUUUGACCCAUUCCCUCUCUACCAUGUUAAUGAAAAGCCUUCCAAUCUUUUGUUCAAGCAGACGUACCUGCCUGCGUAAGUGAUGAGGAUCCAGCGAACUGGACAGGUGGGAAGCAUCCAUCCACAACUGUAAUGCCAAACGUUCAGCCGGGUGCUGACGGCAGCCAAGGAAUGGGAGAUGCCUUCCAGUUUCAAGAGCACGCCUCCAUGAGAUCACUAUCCUCUACUUGGUGCUUCAGGCUUGCUGGCAUCUGCUCAGACAAUUCCUCAUUAGUGGAUCUCUAGGUUUUGUUAUGAAUGAAUGAAUGGUUUCCUCCUUUCUCUCUCCUCCCCCACCCACGCCCUAUUUUCACUCCAUUGGGACUACGAAGAGAACAUUUGGAAAAUACAUAUUUGACUCUUUUCUUCUGUAUAACAAUGAAAUUGCAUUGCCUCUGGGUAUUUUGAGGCAUCAACUUUGUUAUUAUCCGUGGACUAAUUCUCACUCCCCUUCAAACCCCACCCCCCAUAUACCCUGAACAAUCUCAACUUUGUGGUUUCUAUUAAUGG